AUGAGCUCCCCUCUUAAGAAGACUGCGCUCCACAGCUUCCAUCUCGCUCAGCAAGCGAAGAUGGAGGCAUUUGCUGGCUAUCACAUGCCCAUCUCCUAUGGCAAAUUGGGCGUGUUGAAGGAGCACCUCUACACUCGCCAGGUGGCAGGUAUAUUUGAUGUGUCGCACAUGGGCCAGUAUGAGGUUCGCAGUACGGACCGUGAGAAGUUCAUGGAGUACGUCACUCCUGUGGACCUCCAGCGUACCCAGGUGGGACAAGGGACGCUGACCCUACUGACCAACGCGCAAGGAGGCAUCAAGGACGACUGCAUCGUGACGAAGAUGGACGACCAUCUGCUGCUUGUGCUGAACGCUGGCUGUAAAGACAAGGAUGUCGCGCACAUGGAGGAAGUGCUUCAUGAGGGUGCGAUGAAAGGUGCCGAUGUGCGGCUUGUACCUCUGGAGCGCUCGCUCAUUGCGUUGCAGGGCCCGCAGGCCGCUGCAAUCCUCUCCGAGUUCAUGGAUGGCGUGCCGGACAUGGACUUCAUGCACUGUCGCCAGAAGGUGAAAAUCAAGGGCAUGGAGGUGCAAGUUACCCGCUGCGGCUACACAGGUGAGGACGGUUUCGAAAUUGCCGCUUCGGACAGGGAUGUUGCGACGCUUGUGGAGCUUCUCUUGUCGAGGAAGGCGGAACUAAUUGGCCUGGGCGCUCGCGAUAGCCUUCGUCUGGAGGCGGGCUUGGGACUCUACGGCCAUGAGAUGACCGAGGAUAUCAAUCCUGUGGCGGCUCGUCUUAUGUGGACCAUUUCGAAGCGGCGAAUGGAGGAGGGCGGCUUCAUUGGCUACGAGGCCAUCAAGAACUUCAGAGACAACGCCAGCAAGGGUGCUGUGCCGCGGCUACGUGUGGGCCUCGUUUCCACUGGUCCGGUUGCUCGCGAGAAGACUGUGAUCGAGGUGGAUGGGAAGCAGGUGGGCGAGGUGACCAGUGGCUGCCCGUCUCCUUGCUUGAAGAAGAACAUUGCCCUCGGCUACGUGGAUCGUGGUUUGGCAGCAAAGGGGGUGAAGGUGGACUUGGUUGUGCGGGGCCGCCGCGUGCCUGCUGAGGUGGUCACUCCACCGUUCGUGCCUGCUCACUACUACCGCAAGCCCAAGUAG